GGAGCGGGGGCGCAGACUCACUGCUCGACACCGUCCAGGGAACCUCGGCCACGAAGAUGUCGAAGAGCCGCCGGGAGCGGCGCCCCACCGCCCGCACUGCACUGGCCGCCGCCAUGUCGGGACUGCGGCGAGAGGGGAGGACGGAGAGAGGGAGGGGAGGGGAGGGGCGGCCCCGCCCCGGCCGGCCCGAAAUGGCGGCGGCGGCCCUGACCCGUGAGGGUGGGGAGGAUGCGUUUCGCCGGCUCUUUCGAUUCUAUCGGCAGCGCGACGCGUCCGACCUGCGGGGCGUGGUGGACUUCUCCUCGCCGGGGGGCCAGGUGUUCAGAUCACAGCUCAGUAUUUCUUCAGUCAGUGAUCAAGAUGCCUACAGAGCAGGAUUACAGCCAGUUAGCCAGUGGAAAGCCUAUGGCCUCAGGGGGUAUCCAGGGUUUAUUUUCAUACCAAACCCAUUCCUUCCGGGCUGCCAGCGUCACUGGGUGAAGCAGUGUCUCAAGCUAUACCCUGAGAAACCCAAUGUCUGCAACCUGGACCUGCACAUGGCUCCUGAGAAGACCAUGGACCUGUGGGGACAGAGCAAGGAGCAGCUGAGAAGGAAAGGUUCCAGUAAAUGGGAGCCCAGGAGCCUAUUGGAGAAGCUGCGCUGGGUGACCCUUGGUUACCAUUAUAACUGGAAUACUAAGAAGUACUCAGCAAAUCACCACACUCCUUUCCCCUCAGACCUUGCAUUCCUAUCAGAACAAGUGGCUGCAGCCUGUGGGUUCCGGGGUUUCCAAGCCCAAGCAGGGAUCUUGAACUACUAUCAUUUUGACUCUUCACUGGGAAUUCAUGUGGAUGAGUCUGAACUAGACCAUUCUCGGCCCCUGCUGUCAUUCAGUUUUGGGCAAUCCUCGAUAUUUUUGCUUGGGGGCCUGAAGCGGGAGGAGGCCCCGACAGCAAUGUUCAUGCACAGUGGAGAUAUCAUGGUGAUGUCUGGCUUCAGCCGCCUGCUGUACCAUGCUGUUCCCCGCGUCCUCCCCAACCCCGAGGGCACAGUUCUGCCUUCAUGCCUCGACCAAGCUCUUUCUUCAGACCUUCCUGUUGGCUCAGUCAUUGAGCACAGCUCUGAUGAGGAUUGGCAGGUGUGUGCCAAGUACCUGCAGUCCUCCCGCAUCAACAUGACUAUUCGACAGGUGUUGGCUGAGGGUCAGAAAUUUCCAGAGGAAUCUGGGACAAACGGAAAGGGCCAAGCACCCUCUGAAGACAGUCAUCAUGAGAACAGCAAAGCCAAAAGACAUAAACCAAACACAGUCAGCUGAAACCAGGAGAUCAUACUGACAUGGACUGGACAGGCAAUCUCCAUAUGGAAUUAGGAACUAGUGUAAUACUGGAAGUCACUUGUCUGUAUUGCGGUUAAUAAACUUGUGCAGAAUAAAUGUAGUCCUUCUUGCUGUAAUAAAUAGGUGGGAGGAGAAAAAGAAUUUAAAAGGAAAGGAAGGAUGAGUUCAGGACUCAGGAGAUGAACUCUAUUGGCAUUUUGUUGGCAGAUGUUUACAGGUAUUUUAAAUUACCUGUAUGUCAGAGAAUUUUAAGCUUCUGGUGAAGCUUGGUUUAAGCUUUAGGAGUGAUGCUUAUAAAGUAUUUUGAAAUCAUUGGGCAGAGAGUGUUAGCAAAAGAUACACAAUUGCUAUGUGAUAGAGAAUCCUGUUGGGCUUGUAAAGCCCAGCUGAAGCGAAGUAACAAGUAUGGAUGAGAAUAGGCUGCUAUGGGUGUAAGACCUAUCUGCAACAUUUUCAAGAUAAUUACUUCUACGGCAAAAAUAGGUCCAGUGGUCAGAAACUGGCAGCUCCCUCAAGCAACACCUGCUGUAAGCUUGCUGUAGUCCUGUGCUUUCCUUUUGCCAGCUUGCAUCCCCUCAGCUGCAGCAGAAUCUGCUUUUAUGAGUGGUACUGAACAUCUUAUCUCAGAUUUUAGAGAGAAACAAUUGGGGGUGAUAUCUACUUAGAAUAUUUAGUAGCUCCAACUGGGUCUCCUCCCAGCAGUAUGUGACUGAGCCCAACAUCCCCAUUCUUUCAAAACUGCCCUCUCUUAAGUGCCUGUGUGUUUUGGUUCUCCAGUCCCAAGCUAGCAUCUAUAAGGAACAGAAUGACUUGCAAAUAGAAGCAAUGAAGUUGUAAAUUAAGUACCUAAAAAAUUAAUCAGUGACUAUCUCUGUUGCCCAAAGAUAAAUAUAUUGAAACAAAGAAAAGCAGUAGCUUUUGUGCUAGUUCUUUUUAAGAUUCAGACCUUCCUAUCUACUUUUUAAUGCAGUUUUAAUUGUUGAAGUGGAAUGCACUGUCCCUGGGGUAUUUUUUUGCACUUUCCCAAUGAAUAAACUUAUACAGUUUUUAAAUU